GACCAGACGACGGCUUGGACCUAAGGCGGCGGUAGUUGGAAGCUGCAACCAGGGUUUGACGGCGGCGCUCCCUCUCCGCUCACUAUCCCUUCAGCUGUAAGAGUCAUUUCUCUUCAUCUCCUUCUUUGGAAGCUUCGGAGAAUGAAUGAAACCGAUCACCAGGCUUCUCAUCAUAGCUAUGAGACUUCUUUCUAUUUGGGUUUCCCAUCCCCUGCCCCCUUAAACGUUAUUUAUUUGAGCUUAUUUCUCUUGGGUUUGAAUGUGGUUGCUUCUACGGAGAUUUACGGAUUGGCAUUUUCAUUUGGGAAUUUGGUCGAGCAGCUGAGGCAUUAGAGUGCCUUCAUUUUACGUUAUGGAAGAAAUCAGAAUGGUGCAGUAUACUUCAUUCUGACUAAUUAUGGCCAAUGGUCCGGCACCAUUUGCUGAUAUUGGGAAAAGGGAAAGAGAUAUCUUGUACAAGGACUACAAUUUUAAUCAAAAGUUUAGCCUGUCAAUUCCAAGCUCUUCUGGAUUGGGCCUUACCGCUACAGGUUUCAAGAAGGACCAAAUUUUUGUUGGUGAUAUUAAUACCCUUUACAAGAGUGGAAAUACUAAUUUUGAUGUGAAAAUUGAUACAUACUCCAGUGUAUCAACAAAAGUGACUGUCCAUGAUAUCUUCUCUAACACAAAAGCGGCCUUGAGCUUCAAUAUACCUGAUCACAAGUCAGGCAAGCUGGAUGUCCAGUAUCUACAUCCUCAUGCUGUCUUCGAUUCUAGUAUUGGCUUGAAUCCUUCCCCUCAUUUGGAGCUUUCAGCAGCUAUUGGUUCUAAGGAUCUCUAUGUGGGUGCUGAAGUUGGAUUUAGUACAGCAUCUGCAUCAUUUACGAAAUAUAAUGCUGGGAUAACUAUCAACAAACCAGAUUACUCUGCAUCACUUAUUUUGGUUGAUAAAGGACAGGCCCUGAAGACGUCUUACAUUCAUUAUGUGGACCGACCAGAUGGAUUCACUGUUGCUGCAGAGUUGACUCAUAGAUUUUCCUCCUUUGAGAAUGGAUUUGCCAUUGGAACCUCACAGACAAUAAGCCCUGGAACCCUGGUAAAGACUCGAUUCACUAAUGAUGGCAAGGCUGCAUUCCAAUGCCAAAGAGCGUGGAGGCCUAACUCGCUCAUAACAUUUUCUGCUGAAUGUGACUAUACAAAGGUCUCGAGUUCAUCCACCAAAUUCGGCCUCGCUCUUGCUCUCAAGCCCUAGCAUGGCUUGUCAUUUCCACUCUGGCAACUUAUUUAUUCCUCUCAUCACCUUACAUUAUUUCCGGAACCCAUGGUGGGUUAUGGGUUUAUUUCAAGCCCAAUCAUAUAGCAUAAAGGGAAACCAAAGGAACUAGCAACAUUUGUGAAAUCUUUGAAAGCAUUAAGGGAAAAGGAAAACCCAGUUUUGAAAUAUUUUUGUAAUGGUAACAUUUUUUUAGGCUGAUUUUCAAUGCUGCCAAAUAAAUUGUCUCGCAUAUGAUUUUUAUCAUCAAGAGUUAAUAAAUUAAUGUAUGGUGACCGUUUUUGGGCUAAACGUGGAUGCCUAAGAAGUAAGGUGCAAAUUAUUAAUAUUACAUGUGGGCCUUUUUAA